UCUCCCAUUUGUGAUUCGUAUAAUGAGAUAUAAUAACCCCACUCAGGGUCCGAUCCAAUCCUUUCUCUCAAACUGUUCUCGCUGUUGCCGUCCGAUUCGCUGGAUCCCUUCAAUCCUGACCUUCCAUUAGUCUCUCCCCGAGAUGUGCUCGCCUUCAUCUUGUGCAGCAGUAACUCGCUGCUCCCUUCGCCUGCUAUUGGUCGGGUCUGCCAUUCAUUCCCGAUCCUGGUUGGCUCGUCUUCCGUGCACAACUCGUUGCCUGGUUUUCCUCGACUUCAUCAUUAAUUAAGCACACCUUUCUUUUCUCUCCUGUUUCCUGCCAGAACCCUUUUUUGCCUUCCACGUAUAGCUGGUUGUAACUGCGAUGGUCCGGCUUUGUUAACUAUUCACGUCUAUUCUGAUUUUUGUACGUUCUUUCAUUUUAGUUCUUUCUUAGAGCUACCUGUGACAGUGGAAUUUCGAAGCUUCUGAACCGAUCUUUAUCCUUAGGUUUGGAUCUUUGAAUUGUUUCUUAGUUCAAUCGUGAAAUCCACUUUAUUCUGCUCUGGGUGUUAAAUUUUUGGCGGUUCGAAGCGUUUUCUUCAUUCUUUUGCACAAUUAAAAUCUUUCCAUGGAUGCGGAGGAUCGAAACGGGAGCAGAAUGUGUGCUCGAUUGUCCGAUGUAGUGCUCGACUGUGUUAUGCCUUAUAUUCACGACCCCAAGGACCGGGAUGCGGUUUCUCAAGUUUGCCGGCGAUGGUACGAGCUUGAUUCGUUGACGCGGAAGCACGUUACAAUUGCUCUGUGCUACACGACAACCCCCGACCGGCUCCGGCGAAGAUUUCCGCACCUGGAGUCUCUGAAGCUGAAAGGGAAGCCGAGAGCGGCGAUGUUCAAUUUGAUACCGGAGGAUUGGGGAGGCUACGUGACGCCUUGGGUGAGGGAGAUUGCUGAAUAUUUCGAUUGCUUGAAGUCGCUCCACUUUCGUCGCAUGAUUGUGAAGGACUCGGAUCUUGAGCUUCUCGCUCGAUCUCGGGGACACGUCCUGCAAGCUCUCAAACUCGACAAGUGUUCCGGGUUUUCCACGGUUGGCCUUUACCAUAUUGGACGCUCUUGCAGGGCUUUAAGAAUCUUGUUUUUGGAGGAGAGCUCAAUUAUUGAGAAUGACGGUGAAUGGCUACAUCAGCUUGCCACGAAUAAUACAGUUCUUGAGGCUCUAAAUUUUUACUUGACAGAUAUUGCCAAUGUCAAGAUUCAGGACCUUGAACUUAUAGCUCAAAAUUGCCCUAAUUUAGUCUCCGUGAAAAUUACUGAUUGCGAAAUCUUGGAUCUCAUAAACUUCUUUCGAUACGCAACUUCUCUAGAAGAAUUUUGUGGAGGUUCUUACAGUGAGCAACCAGAGAGGUACUCCACUGUAUCAUUACCUGCAAAGUUAAAUCGAUUGGGUUUAACCUAUAUUGGAAAGAAUGAAAUGCCGAUAGUGUUCCCCUUUGCAUCCCUGCUCAAAAAGCUGGAUCUCCUCUAUGCGAUGCUGGAUACUGAAGAUCAUUGUAUGCUAAUCCGAAGGUGCCCAAACUUGGAAACCCUUGAGUCGAGGAAUGUUAUCGGAGACAGAGGAUUAGAAGUUCUUGCUCAAUAUUGCAAAAGGCUGAAAAGGCUGAGGAUCGAACGAGGCGAUGACGAUCAAGGAAUGGAGGAUGAAGAAGGGGUUGUUUCGCAGAGAGGAUUGAUUGCUCUGUCAGAGGGCUGUCCAGAGCUAGAAUAUUUGGCAGUGUAUGUGUCAGACAUUACAAAUGCGGCUCUGGAACAAAUAGGGAGACACUUGAAAAACCUGAGCGAUUUCCGGCUGGUGCUGCUGGACCGGGAAGAGAGAAUAACGGACCUGCCACUGGACAACGGAGUGAGGGCUCUGCUGGUGGGCUGUGACAAGCUGAGGAGAUUUGCGCUGUAUUUGAGAUCGGGGGGUUUGACGGACGUGGGGCUGGCUUACAUCGGGCGACACAGUCAAAACGUGAGAUGGAUGCUGCUGGGCUACGUGGGGGAGUCCGAUGCGGGCCUGUUGGAAUUCUCGAGGGGUUGCCCCAGCCUCCAGAAACUGGAAAUGAGGGGCUGCGCCUUCUUCAGCGAGCACGCACUCGCCGUCGCUGCCACCCGACUCACCUCCCUCAGGUAUCUAUGGGUCCAGGGCUACGGAGUAUCCGCGUCCGGCCGAGAUCUUUUAGCCAUGGCUCGCCCCUUUUGGAACAUUGAGUUGAUUCCCUCUAGACGAGUCGGUGUUCAUAAUCAUGCUGGCGACCUUGUUUUCGUCGAGCACCCUGCCCAUAUUCUUGCCUAUUACUCUCUCGCCGGACAGAGAUCCGAUUUUCCAGACACUGUCAGGCCUUUGGACCCCGCUGCAUCCGUUCACUCCUAGAGUUAGUUUGUAUAUAUUCCACAUUUCUCUGUAAGUCGCUUCCCUUCCUUUUUCCCUGCCCCCUGCAUUUCCUAGACAUUUUUAUUAUCGUUGUCUUGUAAUAAGCUUGUGUUGUAGUCCAGAAACGCUUCUCCGGACAUGCACUUGGUUCCCUUUCCCGGCGAGAUGCUCAAUUUUGUGAAUAAUCAAAAUAAAUGUAAGGAGUGUUUUCUCUUUUC